CGUAGUUCUACAUCCUUGCAAAAAAAUAUAACCAUCACUUUAUACUAUCAUAUAGUAAAUCAUCUACCCAAUUAACAUAAUGGGCUCUAAAUAUGCAAUAAUAUUAGCAAUGGCUAUAAUGCUGCUAGUGCAAGUGCAGCAGAGUAUGCAGCUGAAAUUCAAUCAUCCACUACAUGAAGUUGUGGACAGUAUAAACAGGCGAGGUUCUUAUCUUGGACUUGCUCUAGCCUUUCCCGCUGAAGGAAAUCCCCUUCAUGCUUCUGGCUUGUUUAUUCCCACACAAAAUCAUCCAAUCGUCGAAAUCGCCGGUAGGAAAUUCAAUGUUGGGACAAUCAAAGGUGUAAAAGUAAUUUAUGUCGUAACAGGAGAGAAAGGAGUAAAUGCAGCAAUUGGCAUACAUACUCUUUUACAAAACUUUAAUAUCAAGGGGCUAGUUUACUAUGGCAUGGCCGGAUGCGCUAAUAUUUCGAUGUCUGUUGGUGAUGUUGGUAUUCCAUAUCAGUUUGCAUUCACCAGCUCCUGGAGAUGGCUGGAAUUUGGAGCAACAGAUACGGAUGAAAAGCAGUUGGAUUUUGGGGCGUACAAUCUUCCAAGACCAGGAAAGAAUUUACUGGAAAAAUUACUUCCAGAACCAGUAGAGCUCUUGUCUGAUGGGAAAGAAGUGCGAGAGCAAUAUUGGUUUCCUGUUGACCCUCAUUGGUACAAACUUGCUUCCCAACUUCAGGGAGUGAAAUUGGAUAGGUGCGUUAAUGCAACUACUUGUUUGCCUUAUCAGCCACAAGUAGUAUAUGGAGUGAGAGGUUCAACAUCUGAUAUAUUUAUGUCUAACCUUGAGUAUGCAAAAUUCCUUAUUAAAGAACAUGGCGUUUCAACAGUAGACGAAGAAAGUGCUGCAGUUGUACACGCAUCGCUUACUAAUGGAGUGCCAGUUAUCGUGUUCCGUGGUAUUUCGGAUGUGGCUGGUAAACAGCAUAUAUCAGUGGCUGGUAUCAGUGCUCUAGCUGCUACCAAUUCAUUUAAGGUUGCUAUGAAGUUCAUUGACCUACUUAUCAAGAAGAAAGCUACUUAUACCAUUUGAAGGCACCUUUAAUUUUUGAUGUGUCUAAUGUUUUGAUCCUUUGUAAUAAGUCUGGCAGCUUAGUUUCUUCUAUUUUGUACUACUUUUCUACCUUUAAUAGUGGGAAAAUAAUGUCACUUCUUAAUCAAAUAAA